UGCGCAGAGAGAGCGUGCAGCAGCAGAUCAAGAUGGCGGCGUCCGGGGCCCCUGUGGAGGUGGCGCUGGUGGCCGUUGCCGAGGCGACGGGGGCGGCGGCGGCGGCGACCGCGGCCUCCUCGUCCGGGGGCUGCGGCGGAGGCGCCUGCUGCUGGGUGUGGGAAGUGGGCUCCGGGGCGACGCUGGCCACCUACCGCGGCGGGAGCUUCGCCGCCAGAGGGUUGGCGCUGCUGGGCGGGGAGCAUCUCCUGGGGGCGCAGCUGGGCAAAGCUUGGCUGGGCGCCUGGGAGCUCCAGAGGAAGGAUCAGCUCCAGCAGAAGAUUGUCUGCCCAGGACGGGUGUCCUGCCUGACAGCGGCUCCCAAUGGCCUCUAUAUCUUGGCCGGCAUUGCUGAAAGCAUCUAUCUCUGGGAGGUCUCCAGCGGGAAUCUGCUCGCCAUCCUGAACCGGCACUACCAGGACCUCUCCUGCCUGGCCUUCACGGAUGACAGCAGCCACUUCCUCUCUGGGGCCAAGGACUGCCUGGUGAUCGUCUGGAGCCUCUGCAGUGUGCUUCAAGUGGAGCAUGGCCAAAGCCCUGAGCCCCGCCACGUGUGGUCACGACACAGCCUUCCCAUCACAGACAUGUGUUGUGGAGUCGGUGGCCCCUUGGCGCGAGCUGCCACAGCCUCCCUCGACCAAACAGCCAAGCUUUGGGAGAUCUCCUCCGGGGACCUUCUCCUGUCUGUUGUCUUCGAUGUGGGUAUCAUGUCGGUGACCCUAGACCUCACCGAAUAUUUCAUGUUUUGUGGUGGCAUGGAUGGCUCCGUUUUCCAGGUCGACCUAUGCUCCUGGCCUGUGCAAAGAGAGAGGGGCUUUCGGACUGAGCGGGAGAAUGGCAGAGUCUUCCAAGGGCACAGGAACCAGGUGACGUGCCUGUCUGUCUCCACUGAUGGCAGUUUGCUUCUCUCCGGGUCGCAUGACGAAACAGUUCGGUUGUGGGACAUCCAGAGCAAACAGUGUCUGCGCACAGUGAAUUACAAAGGGCCGGUCACCAACGCUUUCAUCACCCUGGCCCCAGCCAACAUGAUCAGUCCAGACAGCAAGCCCCGCAUGCCUCUCCCGAAAUUCAAGCGGCACCUCCACGACACGGAGAGCGCAGAACACUCUGAGCGCGAGGGGUUGACGCUUUGCCUCGGCCUGUAUCAGAAGGGAACCGGUGAAAGCUACUUGGAAAAAGCAGAGCGUUUGUACUCCCAGAUGUGUUUGACAAGAGAGAAGACCCUCAUGGGUGACCAAGAGCAGCUGAAAAUGCAGGUGACGGAGCUGGAGGAGGAGGUGGGCACGCUGCGGAAGAUCAACAAGAGCCUUUUCGACUUCUCCAGCCGCAUCAUAACCAAGCCGGGCAAACAAUAGCCCCGGCCCACACUUGCGCCUCGAGGGAGGAGAGGAGCAGGCCGACGCUUGCCUUGGAUGCAGAGGACACUGCCCUGCUUGCACUGAGGGCUCUUUCCUGGGGGGAGCACGUCCUCGGGGGCCUCUCCCUCCAUGUUUCACAGCUGCAAAGGCCAUUUCGCCCACCAGACGCUGCUCUUUUGCAACUUGGCACCUGUGAGCCAGGUGAAAAACUGCUGCCUGGGACAGAAGAGAGUCUGGAAAGCUGUGGUCUGCCUGUGAUAUUGAGGCCUUCCCUGGAUGCUGCGUGAGAACAGUGACGCCCAACAUACAGAUACGCAGACCUCUUUAGAUACUGUUCUACGACGGUGCUGUUUCAGAACCUGUUUUUAUACCUGAAGCUAGUUUUGUGGGGUCUGGUUUUUGGGGAGCAAGGGUACCCCCUUUGCAUAGUGGAGAGAGAAUUUGCCUCAUCCCAACUGGAGGUCUCUUUCUAGCUAGCUGUAAGACUGUGGCAAAUGGCCCCCAAGGCUAGGACACUUUUUGUACCAAAUGAGGUGGGGGGGGGGAGGGUGUUGGGAUGGGGAUUGUAUUUCCAAAGGCUUCCUUCCCUUUCUGGGAAAAAACUAAACUCCCCGUUUAUAAUAAUCCAG